GGCGAUGGCUCCCUCCACAGCCUGCGGGCCGUGGAUCUGUCCAGUGAUCAGCGGCCCAUGCGGGAAGACGAACGGAACCGGAUUCUCCAGCAGGGCGGUGCAGUCCAUCCAAGCGCCAUGCCGAUGCGACAAGGUUUCGGUCCUCCGGUGCUGGUCCGUGUUGGUCCCGAGCGAGUGUGGGACAAGACCGGACGUUGUGGACUUUGCGUCACUCGCUCGCUAGGCUACAGGCAUCUCAGCUUCUGCCGAAACGACCCGACCUGCACUGGCUGCGGUGAGAAGUUUGCUACACGGAAUGCACUCUUUCGUCACUUGCGUCAGCAUGGCUGUGGCGGUGGAACCAGGCGACACACCUCCCGGUCCCUAUUGCUCUAUGGUUAUGUUGGGACGCGAUUCCAUGGCAGUCAGCUCAACUCGGUCCAAAGUGAGGCGAAGUUCCCAACUGUCGAAGGAUGCCUUUUACCCUGCAUCGAGGCCGCUCUGCGAAAGCAGCGAGAUGUUACAUCAGUUACAGUGGAGGUUGCUUCUCGAGCAUCGCGAACAGAUCGGGGUGUCCAUGCUCUGUCCACGGCACUGUGCCUGAGGAUCACGAAAGAAUUGUGUAGCAGCUCCGAAAACACGAUGAAUCCUGACAACACCACAAGCUUUCUGGAAUUGCUUAGAUUUGAACUGCCGCCGGAGCUUACAGCAGCGCAUGUGUUUGAUGUCGAUGACCCGCAAUUCAAUGCAAGAUUUGCCUGCCAGAAGCGGGAGUACUGGUACUAUGUUCCCUACCGCGCGCUCUUCACGCGUAUGGAGCAAGAGAAGAUGAAGCUGCUGUGGUCCAAUGCCGGGGCGCUCCCAGGACCGGAUCCUUUGGGCUCCUGGAUUUGGGUCUCAGGCUUGCCCACGGAGGCCACCACCGAAGACCUGGCCUGGACCAUCAAGGUGGCAGGCUGCCUUGAGGACGCGGUCUUCUCCAGGAAGGAUGGGUCGGCGAAGCUGAAGUUCUCAGAUUCCUCGUCUGCCUUGGCCGCUUGUGCAGCGCUGGACGGCUUCCCAGGCCCUCCGGAUGCGCAGGGACAUCGAGCCCCAUUGCUGGCGCUACCUGAGUCCCUUCUGGAGGCAUGGCAGUCCGUGCACAGGCGCCUCCGGUCGGCCUUGAAGAAGCUGACGGGAACCCGAUCCUUCCAUAACUUCAGCCCUGGCUUCGAAGAUGCCAAGGCGGACCCAAGAAGCGUCCGCAGCGUCUAUCGUUGUAGGGCCGGUGUGACAGCCGGCUACCGGGACUACCUUGAAGACCGAGCCUUUGCGGUCUUGCGGAUAACAGGUCGUGACUUCCUGUACCAUCAGAUUCGAAGUAUGGUAGGCGUGGUCAUUGCAGUGACAAGGGGCUCGCUGCCCGAGUCUCAUCUGGAUCUGGCCCUGAGCGAUGAAACUGGCAUUCAGGUGCCGCUUGCUCCGGCAAGUCAUCUGGUUCUGGCUGAGUGCGUCUUCCGAGAUGGCCUCUUCGGUUGCCCCUUCGGUCAAGCGGUCCGUGAAGCGAUGGACAAGGCAGGUGGGAGGCGAGGAGAUUUAUCGAUGCAUCCUUUCGUGAUUGCCGAGCCAGAGGUCUCCGAGAGGAUGUUGUCCGCCAAAGACAAGGUCCUCAUUCUGGGUAGUGAUGGCGUCUGGGAUCGGCUGAACUCACAGGAGGCUGUGGACAUCGCCGCGCGACACACAGAUCCCAACGCAGCCGCGCGCGAGAUCGCCAGCAUUGCGAGGCAGCGCUGGCACGCAGAGACACAAGGCCAGCUUUCAGAUGAUAUCACUGCGGUGGUGAUGCACCUGGACCACGGCGACGCCGGCCCGAGAGCAGUGCCAACUGCGCGGCCCAGCUCCAAGCCUCCGCGGCUGCUCCCAGAGACACGGCCUAGGCAGAGGCCCACCUUGGGUCUCUCAGAGACCGUGCCCAAGAGCUCCCUGAUGUCGGGCUUGUCAAUGGCAGCACCUGCGCCCGACAAUUUUGCGGAGACUGCGCCGGCCAAGGCGCGGCACAGAAGGUUGGAGCCCCUUCGAUCGCAGCGCGCGGACAGGCUGGGUCUCCUACACCUGCCCGCUGCCGGCAUGCCAACAAGACCCAGGCGCCCAAUCGGUGUUCCCUGA